CCCAUAAUGCUGGGAUUACAGGUGUGAGCUGCAAUGCCCGGCCCGUCUAAGGAAGUUUUUACUCUCAUUUUACAGUUGAGGAAACAAAGUUUCAGAAAGGCUAAGUAACUUAGGAGGCGAUAAGCCAUACAGCCCAGAAUCUGUUUGACUCUCCACUGAACUUCUACUAGUUUAGUUAAAAUUGUUGGUUAAAAAAAAUAUUGGAAUGCAUUGACAUGCUCGUGUGGUACAAGUAAGGACAUGUAAGCAGAAUGAGUUAUUCAUACUCCAGGCACUUUUAAAAGUGAACAAAAGACUGGACUAACUUAUUACCUUCUUCUUUAGCACUGCGUUUCCAGGUACACACUUUCUUAAUGGCUCCCAAUGUUUAACGCCUUUCUUUAAUUGUAUACCAGCUCUUUACUUCAAGUAUUGGUGUUUGUACCAACCGGUAGCUUUCCCAGGAUAUAAUUUGACACUUUUCUGGUAAACUUCAAGUAUGUGAGUGUUGCAGGUUUCAUAUAGUAUAUUGACCACUCCUAUCUAAUCCUAGUAGAAAAAUACGUGUUCUAAUCGAGAUUAAAUGUAAGGUUUUUAAAUGGUUCGGUUUAUACAAGGGUAGCACAGAGAAAAUUCCCUUAUACCCCCGCCAGGUAUCAGUUGUUGGUGAUCUCUGGGCUGCCAUCUAAGUCUUUUUAAUGUGAUGUAGAUGUUUGAGAACUUAACCUGAGCAUUGUAAAUUUCCAGAAGCAUGAGCUUUUUACUUUCUACCUUAUAUAUGUCUAUUUUAGAUGGUAAACCCAGAAUAAUCACUUUGAUAUUGACAGUUGUCAUCAUAUUAAUUUCAAGAUACUAAAAAAGCUGAUUAGUUUUAGAGUUAUUCAGACCUCCUGUUCACUGUGUUCCUGGCAGCAAGAGGGAGUGUGAUAAUUAUUGCACUAUUUGCUUAAAUAAUUUGUUCCAUGCUUUAGCAUUUUCUGAACCUCUUUAGAACAUUUUACAAAACAUUUUGUAUUUUGUAACAUUUUAUGAACACAUUUAGAUACAUUUUAUGUUAUUGGUUCUGUUGCUAUAGUGAAAAACUUAGAAUACUUUAUCAUUCAGAAAAAAAAAUUCUGUCCAUGAACUAAAUAGUGCCUGAAAGAGAACAUUGAUCCAUGAAAGGGUAAAAGGUUUAUUUAAGUGUAAAUUAUUAUAGUUAUUCAUUAAAAAUAUUUUUUUUCUGUUUCUUGUGUGCCAGGUACUGUCCUAGAUGUUAGAAACACACCAGUGAGCAAAAACAUGCAUAGUUCCUGCUUCCACAACACUUAAGCGAACUGUAUGUGCAAAGUCCCUGUGGCACAAAGGUACUAUGGGGCCAGUGUGUGACUGGUAUAGAAGGAACUAAAGAGAUCUGGUUGGAGUUGGAGGGUGAGAGAAAAUGAAUUCUUUUUCUAAUUUACCUGCAGAGAACUUAACCAUUGCAGUCAAUAUGACCAAGACUUUGCCUACAGCAGUAACCCAUGGACUUAAUUCCACUAAUGACCCACCUUCAAUGUCAAUUACAAGGCUUUUUCCAGCCUUACUAGAAUGCUUUGGCAUUGUCCUUUGUGGCUACAUAGCAGGAAGAGCCAAUGUCAUAACAUCCACACAGGCCAAAGGACUGGGAAAUUUUGUCUCCAGAUUUGCACUUCCAGCUUUAUUAUUCAAAAACAUGGUUGUACUUAAUUUUUCCAAUGUGGAUUGGUCCUUCCUAUAUAGUAUCUUAAUUGCCAAAGCCUCUGUAUUUUUCAUUGUAUGUGUAUUAACCUUAUUGGUUGCCAGUCCUGACAGUAGAUUUAGCAAAGCUGGACUAUUCCCUAUUUUUGCUACACAAAGUAAUGACUUUGCAUUGGGAUACCCUAUAGUUGAAGCUUUAUAUCAAACUACAUAUCCAGAAUAUCUCCAGUACAUUUAUUUGGUGGCACCAAUAUCUCUUAUGAUGUUAAACCCUAUAGGCUUUAUCUUCUGUGAAAUCCAAAAGUGGAAAGACACUCAAAAUGCUUCUCAAAAUAAAGUAAAAAUUGUGGGACUCGGACUUCUGCGUGUAUUACAGAACCCAAUAGUAUUUAUGGUCUUCAUUGGCAUCGCCUUCAAUUUUAUUCUUGAUCGAAAGGUACCUGUAUAUGUAGAAAAUUUUCUUGAUGGACUUGGAAAUUCUUUUUCUGGAUCAGCCCUAUUUUAUCUUGGUCUCACGAUGGUAGGAAAAAUAAAGAGACUGAAGAAGUCAGCAUUUGUUGUACUAAUUCUUCUCAUCACAGCUAAACUUCUGGUGCUGCCACUUCUGUGCAGAGAAAUGGUGGAACUCUUGGACAAGGGCGACAGUGUAGUAAAUCACACAAGUUUAUCGAAUUACGCGUUUCUGUAUGGUGUCUUUCCUGUAGCACCAGGAGUGGCUAUCUUUGCAACACAGUUCAACAUGGAAGUAGAAAUUAUAACCUCAGGGAUGGUGAUAAGCACAUUUGUGUCUGCUCCCAUCAUGUACGUUUCUGCCUGGUUACUGACCUUUCCCACUAUGGACCCUAAGCCAUUGGCAUAUGCCAUCCAGAAUGUUAGUUUCGAUAUAAGUAUUGUCAGCCUGAUCUCCUUGAUCUGGUCUCUGGCUAUUCUUCUUUUGAGCAAGAAAUAUAAACAGCUUCCUCAUAUGCUUACAACUAAUUUACUCAUUGCUCAGUCUAUUGUCUGUGCUGGAAUGAUGAUAUGGAAUUUUGUUAAAGAAAAAAAUUUUGUUGGACAAAUUUUGGUGUUUGUUCUAUUGUACAGCUCCCUCUAUAGCACCUACCUGUGGACAGGACUUCUAGCAAUUUCUUUGUUUCUUUUGAAAAAGCGAGAGAGGGUACAAAUUCCUGUUGGAAUCAUCAUCAUAUCUGGCUGGGGAAUUCCUGCUCUCCUUGUUGGUGUUCUUUUGAUAACCGGAAAACACAAUGGAGAUAGCAUUGACUCCGCCUUCUUUUAUGGAAAAGAACAGAUGAUCACCACAGCAGUCACCCUGUUCUGCAGCAUCCUGAUAGCUGGCGUAUCGCUCAUGUGCAUGAACCGAACCACACAAGCAGGAAGCUAUGAAGGUUUUGACCAGUCUCAGAGCCACAAAGCAGUGGAGCCUGGAAAUACUGCUUUUGAGGAGAGACCAGCACCAAUAAAUGAACCAGAACUUUUUACAAGCUCUAUUCCAGAAACAAGUUGCUGCUCCUGCUCCAUGGGAAAUGGUGAAUUGCACUGCUCAUCAAUAGAGCCAGUAGCAAACACAAGCUCCAGUGAGCCUGUGAUUCCUUCAUUUGAGAAAAACGAUCUUUGUGUGAGUCGCUGUAACUCCCAGAGCUGCAUAUUAGCUCAGGAAGAAGAACAGUAUCUACAAAGUGGAGACCAGCAACUGACCCGACAUGUGUUGCUGUGUUUACUUCUCAUCAUUGGCCUGUUUGCUAAUCUUUCCAGUUGUUUAUGGUGGCUAUUCAACCAAGAGCCUGGAAGACUUUAUGUUGAGUUACAGUUUUUCUGUGCUGUGUUUAACUUUGGCCAGGGAUUUAUUUCCUUUGGAAUCUUUGGAUUAGAUAAACAUUUAAUCAUCCUACCUUUCAAAAGAAGACUAGAAUUCCUAUGGAACAAUAAAGAAACAGCAGAAAAUAGGGAUUCUCCUGUUUCAGAGGAAAUAAGAAUGACCUGUCAACAAUUUAUCCAUUAUCACCGUGACCUCUGUAUCCGAAACAUUGUCAAAGAAAGAAGGUGUGGUGCAAAGACUUCUGCUGGAACUUUCUGUGGCUGUGACCUGGUGAACUGGCUAAUUGAAGUUGGCCUUGCCUCUGACCGUGGUGAAGCUGUGAUAUACGGAGACAGGCUGGUACAAGGGGGAGUCAUCCAACAUAUUACCAACGAGUAUGAAUUCCGGGAUGAGUACUUAUUUUACAGAUUUCUUCAAAAGAGUCCUGAACAGAGUCCUCCUGCUAUUAAUGCAAACACUGUCCAACAGGAAAGAUAUAAAGAAAUUGAGCAUUCAUCCCCACCCUCACAUUCGCCUAAGACCUAA